AUUAAACAAGCAUGUGAAGCUCGAGCUGCAAAUUUAGUCUGCCAAUGGAUUUUCUUGUUCUUGGCAAUUAUUUGGACUAAAUGUUUGUAUGAUGAUUCUAUAUCCGAACAUUUGGAUAUUGGUAAACAGUUGACUGAUUCUGAAGAAGGCUAUGAUUAUUAG